AUUAAGUGGCCUGCUGUUCAACAAGCCAUAAAUACAUUUAGACUUGGAUAAAUAUAGUUCAGAAAGCCCUCAGUGAUGUCAGUGCAUUUCCAACAAAGGCAGUUGCGUCGCUCAGUGGUUGUUCUUACUGUUCUGUGCUUUUGGGACAAACACAAACAUACAGACCAGUAUGACUCUGCUCUGGAAGAUCUUAUUGGGAAUCGUUCUCAUUGGACGACUUGGUCAAGGUCAAGACCUAUUAGAGGAAGAUUUGGAGCAAAUAGCAAUUGAUGAAGGGGCCGAGGAGGGAGGAAAGGAGGUGGACGAGCCUGAGGGUCCGGGGACAGAUGUCAGUCAACCUGAUGAUAGACAGCCAUGUGCCAUGUGGAUGGGAGGCGUUCCUGGUACACCUGGGCACAGUGGAAAACCUGGAAGAGACGGCAGAGAUGGACAUGAUGGACCGAGGGGCGAGAAAGGAGACAAAGGUGAAACAGGUGAGAAAGGAGAUCCUGGACAGAAAGGGGAUGUUGGUCCAGCUGGACCAAGAGGCUUUCCUGGGAACCCAGGUCUGAAAGGAGCCCGUGGGGACAGUGCUUUGUCUUACCAUUCAGCCUUUAGCGUAGGUCUCAAAGAACUUGUUCCCGCAACCAACGUGCCAAUCCGCUUCAACAAGUUCUUCUACAACGACCAGCACCACUAUGAUGAUGUUUCCGGAAAGUUCCGCUGCGUUCUGCCAGGGGUGUACUUCUUCACUUAUCAUCUGACCGUCUACACUAAAGAUGCUAAAGUCGGUCUCUACAAGAAUGACAAGGCUAUCAUGUUUACCUAUGACCAGUACCAGGAAAGCAAUGUGGACCAGGCAUCGGGUUCUGUUAUCUUGCGUUUAGAGGCAGAAGAUGAGGUAUGGCUGCAGGUCUAUGGAGACGAGGACUUUGGGGGAGUGUAUGCAGAUAAUACCAACGACUCCACCUUUUCUGGUUUUCUUCUGUAUCCUGCUAUUCCUUCUCCUGCACAGAAACGUUGACAAGAUCCUAAAUCAGGGGUGUCAGACUCAGUUCCUGGAGGGUCACAGCCCUGCAGAGUUUAGCUUCAACCCUAAAGAAACGCACCUGAUCUAGAUAUUAAAGUCCUUCAGGCUUAUUUGAAAACUACAGAUAUGUGUGUUGAAGCAGGGUUGGGACUAAACUCUGCAGGACUGUGGCCCUCCAGGAGCUGAGAUUGACACUCCUGUAAAAUUAAUUUGUUUGGCUAUUUUUAUUAAGUGCUUUUUAACUCCCCCGAUGCAGCAAGUGCAAGUGGGAGAUGUGCUUCAGUUUGCAUGACAUUUGAAAUAAUUCGUAUUGAUAUGUCUACAGAGGUUCGGACAUAAUGAAUCUGCUUUUUUUCUGGAAUGCUUGUGUGAGGAUGUGAAUGUUAAAUUGUCUCUGCUUUUCCAUAGUAACUGAGUGCCAAAUGACUCGAAUUUGCUGACAAGUUGCAGAAAAAUUGUUGAUGAGUUGUCGAGUUUAUAG